AUGAGUCUGCCGAGGCCUUCUGGCAUCAAACAGCCCACCCGUAUUAGUAGACCAUCUGGGUUACCCACAGCUCGACCCCAGACUCCAUCAGGAGGGAACAGUACCAACCACUCACAGAACAGUGUUACUGGAUCCAACACAAAAGCCCAAAGUGCCUUAACCAAGUCCGCAAGAGGAGCGGGUUUGUGUCCUGAGCAUGCUGACCAGUACGCCACUGAUGUCUCUAGAGUUUUGAAAGGCCCAGAUCCACUGGAAGAUGGGGUUGUCGUCGAUGACUUCAAGAUUGGCGACCGCAUCUGGGUCAGUGGGAACAAACCCGGAACAAUAGCGUUUAUAGGAGAAACACAGUUUGCACCCGGUGACUGGGCUGGUAUUGUUCUGGAUGACGGCAUCGGCAAGAAUGAUGGCAGUGUUAUGGGCAUUAGAUACUUCCAGUGUGAGCCAAAGAGAGGAGUGUUCUCCCGGCUAAGCAAGCUCUCUCACACACCACACUCACCAUCCCGGCCACUGUCACAAGGAUAUGACAGCAACUCCAGCGAGUCAAAGUUUUCUUACUCAGACUUCAGACCCUCGUCACAGGUAGCGGCAACAAACGGAACCAGUGCUCCUGGCUCUGCUGCUUCCUCCAGACCUUCGUCUCGGCUCGGCCUUAACUCCAGCAAACACCUGUCUACGUCCUCAUCCAGUCUACACAAAGCUUCAGAUAUCACCACUCCUCCAGGAUCUGCUGGGGGCACGAGACUCCCUGGUGCUUCCCUUGGGGGGACCAAACUGGGUGACAGGGUUCUGGUUAGUGGCUCCAAGCCGGGCAUCUUGCGCUUCAUUGGAGAGACAGACUUUGCCAAAGGCGUCUGGGCUGGGGUGGAACUGGAUGAACCCCUGGGGAAAAAUGACGGGGCUGUGGCUGGCAAAAGGUAUUUUGACUGCAAGCCAUUGCACGGCCUGUUUGCGCCGAUCCACAAAAUUUCCCUAGCAGAUUUGGGAGUCACCACACCUUCACCACACUCGCGCCCAGUCAUGUCCACCAGCCUGCGCAGCUCUCGGGAGCGCAGCGGCAGCCAGGAAAGUGUCUCAUCAUUGUCCUCCACAGCGUCCAGUGUGUCCAGAUCGCGGGUAAGGUUGGGAGUGACCUCUUUGGCCAGCCAGGCAUCCAAAACUGGACAGAGACCCAACACGCUAAAUCUGUCUGCCACAACUGCUGCACUGCAGAAAGCACUGAAAGAAAAGGAGGAACAUAUAGAACAACUACUCCGAGAGAGAGACCUAGAGAGGUCAGAGGUGGCUAGGGCUGCAGCUCACGUAGAUGAGGCUGAGAGCCAGUUAAGUUUCAUGAAAACAGAACAGAGCAAGCUGCGCAUGGAAGCAGACGACCAGAUCAUCAAAUACAGGGCACUGGUAGCUGAUCUGGAGAAUGAGAAACAAGAACUGCUAGCCUUCCUUGAAGAAGAGAAGAGAAAAGUUGAAGAUUUGCAAUUCCAGUUGGAAGAAGAGACAUUGAAAGAUGAUAGCGAUAGUAAAUCAAAUGCUGCCAGUGAACUACAGGUGAAAGAGCUGGAACGGCAGGUGAAAAAGGAGAAAGACAGGGCUGAUAAUCUGGAGAAGGAGUUGGGUCAGUUUAAGCAAAACAUGGAGGGCCUUCACAGGGUAGCAGAGGAAUCCAAAAAGUCACAGAGAUCAUAUUCAGACCAGCUUGAGAAUUUAACACACAAGCUGGCCCAGGCAGAGUCCAAGGUGAAGAACUUUGAGAUGACUCGACUAGAGGAUGGAGCCAAGGUCAGCCAAGUCGGCAUUGAGCUGACCGAGAAGCAGAACCAGGUGAAAGACCUCGAGGCACAGCUAGUAGCACAACGUCGUGAGCUGUCUUCUGUGUCACAGCAGCUGAACGAUUUGAAAGAAGAGCUCUUUGCAAGCAAUGAGAAGAGGAAGAAACAGGAUGAAUAUAUUAAAGAACUGACAGAUAAGCUCAAGCUGACAGAAAACCAACAUAAUGAAAUGAUGGAUGAGAUUCGUAAUGCUAAUUCAAAUAGUGCAGAUCUUCAAAGACAGCUGACAGCAAGCAAGACCAAAGCUGAGGAAUUGGCUUCCGAGAGAGCCAUAUUGGAGGCACAGUUGUCGGAGAUGAUGACCGCAAAUUCUGGGGACAGCUCAAGUCAGCUGGCCGCACUCAGUGACCAGCUAAUGGACAGGACUAGAAAACUCGAGGAUCUACAAAAAGACUUGUUGAACUCUUCUCAAAACCUAGCUAAGGUUGAGGAGAGUUAUCGGGGGUUGGUGCAGGAGAAGGACAGGGAAAUUCAAGAGGUUACAAAAAAUUUUAAGGUUAGGAUUGUGGGACUGGAGGAGCAGAUUAGUGAACUGAAUUCAUUAGUAGAAAAAUCUAAGGCCAAGGCCAGUCAAUUAUCAGAAACCUUUGAAGCAGAGAAGAAAGAGGCUUUAGAACGUAGCGAGUCAGAGAUUAGGGAUCUGCAGCAGCAGCUUUCACACAUAAACAAGGAACUCAACAAACAACAAGACAACACAGCAGCACACAAGCAAUUACUCGAGAAGGUCACACUGGAGAAGGAGGCUCUACAGUAUGAAAAACAGCAGGCAGAAAAACACUUGAAACGGGCAGAGGAAGAGAAAAGCAUCCUCAACACAGAAUUAAUCCAGGCCAGGGUGGAGGCCAGCAAACAUCUGGAGGAGGUGGAGAAGUCAAAGAAGGCCAAGUUGGAGCUGGAGGACAAGGUGGAGAAGCUCAGCUUACAAGUGGAGUUUAUUACAAAGGCUAGAGAAGAG